UUAUCAUAAACCAAAUAAAGCCUGAACUCCUUAGGCCGGCAUAAAAUUUUUAAUUUAACUUUCUAAAAAUAGCAUAAUAAUAUUGGUAAAUUGCCAUUUCAACUGCUUUAUAUAUGUACUUAGUAUUUUCUUAAAAAGUCAAACCUGGCUACCCCUGUCAGAAAAAGGAAGAAAAAAAAGUCAAAUUUGAUUGGUGUUUGGCUGGUUGUAUACAAAGUUACUAUAUAUAGAAAGCAGCCAAAGGAAUGGAUCAGAAUUCAAUUACCAAACAAUGAGAAACAGUAACCAAAGAAAUCUCUUCCUUCUCUUUGUUUUCAGUUCUUUUGCAUCAGUAGUUUUAGCCAGAAAUCAUCUGUCAAGAGGUUCUUCUUUAGCUGUCAAAGAUACUGAUGAUGGUCUCCUCAUUUCCCCUGACAGAACCUUCAGCUGUGGAUUUUCGAGUUUCGGAACCAAUGCUUAUUACUUCUCAAUCUGGUUUACCAAUUCAAAGGAAAGAACUGUUGUUUGGGUGGCCAACCGAGACAAGCCGGUUAACCGGCGUGGCUCUAGGCUAACUCUGAAGAAAAAUGGUGUACUGUUGUUGACAGAUUAUGAUGGUUCAACUGCUUGGGAAACAAAUACGACGUCAACAACUGCGGAAACAGCAGAACUUCUCAACACAGGGAACCUUGUUCUUAAGGAUAAUAGUGGUAAUAUUCUUUGGCAAAGCUUUGAUUUUCCUACUGAUACUUUGCUUCCUCAUCAACUGUUUACUAAGAACAAAAGAUUGUUGUCUAGGAUAGGUCCUCGGAUGUUUGGUUCCGGGUAUUUUAGUUUCUUUUUUGAUAAUGAUAAUGUGCUUAGAAUGAUUUAUGAUGGACCUGAAAUUUCUAGCAUUUACUGGCCUAAUAUUGCUUUUGAUCCGUUUCAAAAUGGUAGAACAACUUAUAACAGUAGUAGGAUUGGCAUGCUUGAUGAUAAGGGCACCUUUUCUGCAAGUGAUCAACUACAGUUUAGCUCUUUAGAUGUAGGUUCUGGGAUCAAGAGACGAUUAACAAUGGAUUUCGAUGGGAAUUUGAGGAUUUACAGCUUAAAUGAAUCGUCUGGUUUUUGGAAUAUAACCUGGCAAGCAGUUUCAAAACCAUGUGAUAUUCACGGUCUUUGUGGUAGAAAUGGAAUUUGUGAAUAUACACCGGAGCCAAAAUGUAGUUGUCCGCCUAGCUAUGAACCCACUGAUAUAAGUGACUGGAGCAAAGGGUGCAGGCCGAAAUUUCAUAGAAGUUGCUCUGACUCUGAGUUUGUUGAGAUCUCCCACCUCGAUUACUAUGGGUUUGAUCUCAACUACACUAAACCUGCUUCUUAUGAAUUUUGUAGGCAACUUUGCUUGGAAGAUUGCCGUUGUCAAGCAUUUAGCUACCGACUAACUGGUGAAGGAAUAUGCUUCACAAAAAGUUCCCUUUUCAAUGGAGUCAGGGUGGUUACUUUUCCAGGUAGCUUAUAUCUUCGAUUACCAAGAGGUGCACAGACAUCAGAACCUGCAAUCCUGAAUGUGUCUCAUCUUGUUUGUGGAAGUAAAAUAGUAGUACUGCCAAACACAUAUGACAUAACCAAUCAAAGAUUCAAGUGGGUUUAUCUGUACUCAUUUGCUACUGUCAUUGGUGCAAUUGAAGUAGUCCUUUUAGUAAUAGGGUGGUGGUUUCUUUUUAGGAAGCAUGGUCUUUCAGCUUCUAUGGAAGAUGGAUAUCGUGCCAUUUCAAAUCAGUUCCGAAGCUUCAGCUACAGCGAGCUCAAGAAAGCAACGGUUAACUUUAAGGAAGUUCUAGGAAAAGGAGGAUUUGGUACCGUUUACAAGGGUGUUCUAGGAGAUGACAGAGUAGUUGCUGUGAAGAAACUAGAAAAUGUGGUCCAAGGAGAGGAAGAAUUUUGGGCUGAAGUGAGCACAAUUGGUAAAAUUAAUCAUAUGAACCUCGCACGAAUGUGGGGUUUUUGUUCCGAAAGAAAACAUAGACUCUUAGUAUAUGAGUUUGUAGAAAAUGGUUCAUUGGACAGACACCUGUUCUUGGCCAGAACUGUUUUUGGUUGGAAAGAGAGGUUCAAAGUCGCGUUAGGCACAGCUAAAGGCUUAGCUUACCUUCACCAUGAGUGCUUAGAAUGGGUUAUUCAUUGUGAUGUCAAACCUGAAAAUAUACUACUAGAUGAGAAUUUCGAGCCAAAAAUUUCAGACUUCGGCCUUGCAAAGUUAAGUCAAAGAGGGGGUCAUGGUUCAUCAGAGCUGACUAGGAUAAGAGGCACAAAAGGUUAUAUGGCUCCUGAAUGGGCAAUCAAUCUUCCCAUUACUGCAAAAGUCGAUGUCUACAGUUAUGGAGUCGUGAUCCUAGAGCUUGUAAGGGGUAUAAGACUAUCGAGUUGGGUAGUAGAUGAUGAACAAUAUGGCAUAGAGGAAAUACCAGAAAUGGUAAAAUUUGUUCGGUUGGCUAAAAGGAAAAUUCAGAAUGGAGAAGAUUCAUGGGUAGAAGACUUGGUGGAUCCAAGAUUGGAAGGGCGUUUCAGCAGGAAUCAGGCUGCUAUAAUGAUCGAGGUUGGACUUUCUUGUGUGGAGGAUGAUAGAAACAAAAGGCCAACCAUGGAAUCAGUAGCGCAAGCUCUUGCAGAAUGUGAAGACGAAAUGCUAAUGCACCUUCCUGGCACUCUAUGACUCGAUAUUCAUGUUCAUCCUUAUCUAUGCACGAGUGUUAUCUGAAUUAUUCGUAAAAAAAUUAUUGAUUUGUUUCCGUUUUUGUAUUGAUUGUAAAUGUUAUGUGGAGUAUGAAUGAUAGUUGUAACAUUUUUCCUUUUUUUGUGGACUUGAAGAAUUUUGGUAAUUUAAUUAAUUUUAGCAAUUUUUUUAUUAAUUUUUUUAAUAGUAAUAUAAGACCAUACAAACAGAAUGGAGAAUGGAGAUAAUUCAUGGGAAGAUGCCUUUGUAGACCCUAAAUUGGAAGGAAAUAUCGAAACAGGAUGGGAGAAUUGAGAUUAUUCAUGGGAUUGAGGCUGCUAUGAUGAUUGAGGCUGGACUUUCUUGUGUGGAGAAUGAUAAAAUCAAAAGGCCAACCAUGGAAUCAGUCAUGCAAGCACUUGCAGAAUGUGAAGACGAUAAGCACAGUCCUGGCCCUUCGCAACUCCAAUCUAUUCUCACAGUAGCUCUUACAUGAGCUCCCAUGUAACAUUUACCUUCAGAUUUGCAGCUGUUCCAAGUUUUAAUGUACCUCAGCUGUAUGUAAUACAUAAACACUGAGCUGUGGCUUUUCGUGUAUCUGGUAGAGUUUUCUUCUGCAUGUCAGAGUAUUACCCUG